UGUAGUAACGUGUAGUUGCUAGAGAAAAAUUGCAUAAUCCUAUUAUUUUUAUUCUGUUUAUAAAAAUACAAAACUUAAUAAAAGUGAUAAAAAGAUAUUAAAAAAGAGUCACUGUUUCAGAAUAGAAAAUGGACGUUAUUAUAUUUUUAACUAUUGUAAUUUUAACAAUAGUCACUGUAUGUAAAUCUGAACCUACAUUACCAUCAAUUGAUUUAAACGCUUGGUGGGGACCACAACAUCUACAAAAUUACAAUGAUACGUAUAUACGCCCUUUUAAAAUAGUGUUCGACGAUGAAAUGAUACGCGACCUCAGGCACCGGAUUUGGAGCCAACGUCGCGUCGUUCCCCCGCUAAAUGGCGUUGGCUUCGAGUACGGUUUCAACAGCAAUCAGUUGUACCCCUGGUUGAAAUAUUGGGCUGAAGAAUACCCAUUUAAGGAAAGAGAGGAUUUUAUCAACCAAUACCCCCAAUAUAAAACUAACAUUCAAGGACUUCACAUUCAUUUUAUUCACGUUAAACCAGUGGUGCAUCCGGGGAAAGAAGUAGUGCCACUUCUCAUACUCCACGGAUGGCCGGGAUCAGUCCGCGAAUUUUAUGAGACGAUUCCCCAUCUCACUGCAGUGAGCAAACAUAGGGAUUUUGCAGUUGAGAUAAUUGCUCCAAGUUUGCCAGGAUUUGGAUUCUCUGACUCCGCGGUCCGGCCUGGCCUGGGAGCAACAGAAAUGGGCGUCGUGUUCCGAAAUCUCAUGCGAAGAUUGGGUCACCAGAAAUUCUACAUUCAAGGCGGCGACUGGGGGUCCUACAUCGGACAGAGCAUGGCAACACUAUUUCCUAAGGAAGUACUAGGUUACCAUACUAACCUAGCAGUAGCUCUCACGCCGAAAGCAUUCGCAUUAACUCUGAUGGGCGCGGCGUUCCCUCCCGCGGUGGUCGACCCACUGCUCGCCGACCGGAUGUACCCUCUACUACAUCACAUCCUGUGGCUAAUCACGGAGACAGGAUAUAUGCACUUACAAUCCACUAAACCUGAUUCUUUAGGCGUGGCUAUGACAGAUUCUCCAGGGGGCCUCAUGGCCUACUUCCUUCAAAUGUUCUCUAGCGGGACUCGUAGAAAGAACGUGUUCAAGGAAGACGGGGGCUUGCAUAGCUAUUACCCUCGAGCACAUUUAAUAGACAAUCUGAUGAUGUACUGGGUUCCUAACAGCAUCACCACAUCCUUUAGAAUCUACGCCGAGACAAUCAACUUGAGAAAUUUGGCUAUGCGGGUUCAUGAAAUCCCAACUCCAGUGCCGACCUGCACGAUACAUGCCAAAGAUGAAAUUCUCUAUCAGUCACCACCGAUACUCCAGACAAAGUUUCCCAACUUGCUCAAUUCCACAGUGCUUUUCGAUGGAGGCCAUUUCCUCGCCUUAGAAAUGCCUGAACUCUUCGCAGAUAAUGUUCUCAAUGCCAUAGCUACAUUUAGAAAUUGGCAUUAUAAUAAAAUUAUGUUUUUGAAGUAAACGGUCGCAUGAAAUGUAUUUGGAACUAUGAGUAUACUUACUAAUUGCAUCGUUUGGUUAAACUUGCAUAGAACUAUGUGUCAGUAAGCAUAAGUUGUAAAAGAAAAAACAUAAUAUGUUUAUUACCAACAAGUGACAUAAAAUAAAUUA